UUUCUGAUUAUCUUCCUGUCAAAGGCCCAAGAACUUCCAUGAACUUCCUACCAGUCAACUAAUUCCUUCUCCUUCAGCCAUCUCUUAUUUUGUUCUUCUUCUUCUUCCUUUUUUUUGUUAUUCUUCGUUUAUUUUCGUAUUGCAGAAAGGUUUAACUCACUACCCAUAAGGAUGGAGAACUCAACUCAAGAGUCCCACCUGGGAUCAGAUAACUGCAUCACAUACGAAUCCCCAUACCCUCUCUACGCCAUGUCCUUUUCUUCUAUCCACCAUCACCACCACCACCCGCAACGCAUUGCCGUCGGGAGUUUCAUUGAGGAUUUUACAAAUCGGGUCGACAUCCUCAUUUUCGACCCGGAAACAUUCUCAAUUAGAACACAACCCACUCUCUCCUUCGAGCAUCCGUACCCGCCUACCAAGCUGAUGUUCCACCCAAAUGCUCCCUCCUCGCUUCUUAAAUCCUCAUCCGAUCUGCUUGCGUCCUCUGGCGACUUUCUUCGGCUAUGGGAGAUCCGCGAUUCGUCGGUGGAACCCGUGUCUGUCCUCAACAACAGCAAAACAAGCGAGUUCUGCGCUCCGUUGACCUCCUUCGAUUGGAACGAGGUGGAGCCCCGGAGAAUCGGGACUUCGAGCAUCGACACCACCUGCACCAUCUGGGAUAUCGAGAAGGGCGCGGUGGAAACGCAGCUCAUAGCUCAUGAUAAGGAGGUGUACGACAUCGCUUGGGGCGAAGCCAGGGUCUUCGCCUCCGUAUCCGCCGAUGGGUCUGUCAGAAUUUUCGAUUUGAGAGACAAAGAGCAUUCCACCAUUAUCUACGAGAGCCCGCAACCUGAUACCCCUUUGCUUAGAUUGGCUUGGAACAAGCAGGAUUUGAGGUACAUGGCGACCAUUUUGAUGGACAGCAACAAAGUUGUGAUUCUGGAUAUUCGCUCCCCAACCAUGCCGGUAGCUGAGUUGGAGAGGCAUCACGCGAGUGUUAACGCUAUUGCUUGGGCUCCGCAGAGCUGCAGACACAUUUGCUCCGCUGGCGAUGACACGCAGGCGCUUAUUUGGGAGCUGCCGACGGUGGCUGGACCCAAUGGGAUCGACCCAAUGUCCAUGUACUCUUCUGGGUCCGAGAUUAACCAGCUGCAGUGGUCUGCAGCUCAGCCUGAUUGGAUCGCCAUUGCUUUUGCUAACAAGAUGCAGUUGUUGAAAGUUUAAGGUCCGAAUUUGUGUUAAUUAAAAUCGCACCUUGCUUGAUUGUAUUAGUAGUUAGAUGUUAGGUAGCCAGAUAAACAUGAUUGUAUAUCUAUCCGUUUUCUGUAGGAAAAGUAGAUCUGUACUGGGAGUUGCUUGCAGUUAAGGUCUCCCUGUGCUGGCCUGCUCAAAGUCUCAAUUGAAUUUCUUGUCAGCAUACUAGAAUUAGUGUUUACUGAGUUAAGAUAUAUAGCUUGCGAAUGAGUUUUAUGGUCUUAUAUAUGUUCUCUAAUGGAGUUUUUAGCCAAAAUCAGGUUGUGCAAAACAAGGGAUGCAACUUUUUGUUUCUGUUGUUUUAUGAUUGAGUUAGAAUAUCUCAAUUCUCAUGGCUUAGUAAGUGAACAAAUAUUUCUUA